AGGGCAGUAUUGGUCAUGAUAUGGUGAUAAAACCAUUACCACAUGACUUGUCACCUAAUCAAAAGGAAACUUCACAUCAUGUGAUAUUUAAACGAGAAGUUGAUACUUCAGAGCAUUUAAGUGAUUUUGCCUUCAUGGAACCCGAUGAUGUUGCCACUAGUGAAAAAUUGGAAAAAUUACAAAAUCGCCACAAAAGAUCUGCUCAUCGUACCACACUGGAAGAUAUAGAACUAGAAGAGGAACAACUUGAAGCCGAUGAUGGUCUAGAGGAAAAUGAAUUCGCUGAUCAUAAACGAGCCAAGCGACAAGCUCCCUAUAUAAUAUAUCCAGAAAUUUUAGUAAUCGUUGACUAUGAUGGUUAUCGUCUGCAUGGUGGUGAUAAUUUGCAGGUGAAACGUUAUUUCAUCUCUUUCUGGAAUGGUGUUGAUUUGAGAUAUCGUUUACUCAAAGGUCCUAGAAUACGCAUCAGUAUAGCUGGCAUUAUUAUAUCAAGAGGUCGAGAUGCUACACCUUAUCUGGAAAGAAAUCGUGUUGGUAGAGAUGCUAUUGAUUCAGCGGCCGCUCUAACCGAUAUGGGUAAAUAUUUGUUCCGUGAGAGAAGAUUACCCGUCUAUGAUAUAGCCGUAGCCAUAACAAAGUAUGAUAUGUGUCGAAGGCGUAAAGGAGGUCGUUGUACCAAAGGCACAGCGGGCUUUGCUUAUGUCGGAGGCGCCUGUGUGGUGAACAAACGUUUGGAAAAAGUCAACAGUGUUGCUAUCAUUGAGGAUACUGGCGGUUUCAGUGGCAUCAUUGUUGCUGCUCAUGAAGUGGGCCAUUUACUUGGUGCUGUUCAUGAUGGUUCACCACCACCCAGUUAUUUGGGUGGACCUGGAGCUCAACGUUGCCGUUGGGAGGAUGGUUAUAUAAUGUCCGAUUUACGGCAUACAGAAAGAGGUUUCCGUUGGUCUCCUUGUACAGUGCAAAGUUUUCAUCAUUUCUUAAAUGGUGACACAGCAACAUGUCUGCACAAUGCUCCCCAUGAAGAUAGUGCUUUGGGACGCUCACUGCCCGGUACACUGCUCUCACUAGAUGCUCAGUGUCGAAGAGAUCGUGGUACCUAUGCUUGUUUCAAAGACGAGCGUGUUUGUGCGCAAUUAUUCUGUUUCGAUGCUCAAACAGGUUACUGUGUAGCCUAUAGACCGGCAGCAGAAGGUUCAUCGUGCGGUAAUGGUUUGCAUUGUUUGGAUGGACGGUGUACACCUUUACCCUCAAAUGUUAUACCCAAUUAUGGUCAUCAAUAUCGUUUGGGAUACAAUAACAGUCUACAAAAUGCAGCUGCCACAAAUCCCGAACAACAGCACGACGAACACGAGGAAGAACACGAUGACAAUGAUGAAGAUGGCGAAACAGCUAAUGAUGAUGGUGCAAACAAUGAGGGCAAUGGUGGUGAUGAAGAUAAUGAUGAAAGCAAUGAAACUAUAGAAAAACUAAAACGUAAGUUGUCGUCUAAUAAUCUAACAACAAAAACUUUGCAACUACAGCAACAACAAUUGCCCACCACUGUUAUGCCCCUAACUACUACUUACUUAGCUACUGCCACGCCUCGUUAUGGCAGUAAAUCCAGCACAGGACGUACUAGUUUAGCUACACCCUUAUUUUAUGAUAAUUACUCUAAGAAAACGCAACAAAAUCAUAAUAGCAACAAUCAAAGGCCUUCAAAUGGGGCGGAAAAUAAAAGCAAAUUAAAAGAUGGUAAAACGCCCAAAGUGCCGGAGGCUAAAGCAGAAGAUGAAGAGGCUACAUUUGAGGCACAAUUUCUAAAACGUACGCCUGUUAAUACUCGCUCUACAAACGAGGAAGAGGAUGUUAAUGAUGCCUUUACUAGUAGUAGUAGUAGUUUAAAUAAUAAUAACAAUAAUCCUUAUUUUAAUACUAAAACCACCAAAACUACCGGUAAACGUAGUAAUAGUAAUAAUUCUAGAUAUAAUCAUAAUAAUAAUCAAAAUAAUGAAUCGACACGUUUACCCCAACAACAACAACAAACGCCUCUAUUUGUAACAAAUUUUAUUGGUGAUAAUACACAACAACGUUUAACCACCAUUCGACAACAACAGCAACAACAUCAACAACAACAACCGCAACAACAGGCAACUUCUACUACAACAUCUUUGCAACAUUAUAAUAAUCAUCAAAUCUCUAGCACACCAACACCACAACAACAACAAACAUCAUCACCUUACCAUCAACUACAACAACAAUCAUAUGAUUCUAUAUAUUUACUCUCUAGCACCACCAGAAGACCUAAAAUAAAAACACAAAAACUUAUACGAAGAUUACGCACACAAAUCAAAUGAUCAGCAACAAACAAUCAAUCACUCAUCAAAAAAAAAAACCAAAAUAAAAUUUGAAAAAAAUGAUUUUUUUGAUUCAAAAACUUCUUCUAAAUUCUGUUGUAAACCCAGUUUUACUUAAGAAAUUUGAAAUCAAAACAUAAACCAUAAACUGUUAUAACUUUUUUUGUUUAUGUGUGUGGUUAAUUGGAAAGCCUUUCCAUUUUGAUGAUAACUGCUGCUAUAAAACUGUAGAUGUUUCUUAUGCAAAGCUGCCUUAGUGGAUAAAAAAAAAUCUAUAGAAUUAAAAAGAAAUUUAGUUAAAAUUUUAUACUUUUUUUUUACAAAACUAUAAAGUUAAACAUACUCAUUGUAACAAAAUAUAAAAAAAACACAAGCUGUUUAUCAUUUUAAUUAACAUUUAAACUUUAUAUUAAACAUUAAAGAACAAUUCUCAUUUCAUCAACAACACAAACACAUUGGACAUUUUGUAAUCCCUGACGUUUCUCAAACUUCUUUUUAUUUAAAACAUACAACUAUUAAACAAUCAAGCAAUCAAACAACCAAGCAAUCAACCAACCAACCAAUCAAACAACCAAGCAAUCACCACUUCAUACAAUCACACCAUUAAACUUUUUAAUUAAAUUUUGUAAAAAUUUAAAAA